AUGGGACCUGCACCGCACCAGUCCUUUUUUGCCCAAACGCCUGUCCCAGCGGGAGUCCCCCGUGACCCCCGUCCUCUGAGAGACCGAAGUUUCCAAGCCAGGAUAAGUCAGGAAAUAUUGGAGUAUUUGACACAAAACAAUUUUGAGCUUGAAAUGAAACACUCCUUGACGCAAAAUACUCUCAGGUCGCCGACUCAGAAGGACUUCAACUACAUAUUCCAGUGGUUAUAUAGGAGGAUUGACCCAGGAUACAAGUUUCAGAAAAGUAUAGACUCUGAAGUACCGCCGAUUUUGAAGCAGUUACGAUACCCUUUUGAGAAAAGUAUUACAAAAUCCCAACUUGCUGCAGUCGGCGGCCAGAAUUGGCCAACCUUUUUGGGCAUGCUUCAUUGGAUGAUGCAGCUGGCACAAAUGUUGGAACGAUAUUUUAUGGACCAAUACGACUAUGCGUGUGCAGAAGCCGGCGUCGACGUCACGGGAGAUCGCAUCAUUUUCCGCUUUCUCUCCGGCGCCUAUCAUGACUGGCUACAGGGAGGCGAGGAUGAAGAUGAUGCAGAGGCAGAAAAGAGGCUGAUUCCACAUGUUGAGGCCAUGGCUGCUGAAUUUGAGCGCGGAAAUGAAAAGUAUAUCCAAGAAAUGCAGGCACUAGAAGAGGAGAAUCGAGCAUUGCGCGAUCAAAUUGAAGAACUUGAGAAAAACGCACCCGAUAUGGCAAAGUUGGAAAAGCACUUUAAAAUACUUGAGGAUGACAAGCGAAAAUUUGAAGAUUAUAACGAAAAUGUUCAGGGGAAAAUUGAAAAAUAUGACAAUCGGAUCAAGCUACUAGAAGAGGAGGUUAAGAAAGUUGACGGGGAACUUCAAAGCGCGGAAGAGGAACGGCUUGACCUACAAUCAAGCGUUGAUAAGCAGGGAAUCACGAUCCAGGACAUUGACCGUAUGAACUCGGAACGUGAUCGUCUUCAAAAGAGUGUUGAAGACAUUCUCGUCAGGUUAGAAGAGACGCAUGCACGAGUCAUGGAGAAAGAAGCGGAGGCCAAUCGAAAACUCGAAGAAUUAGAAGACGUGGUGAAAACAUACAACACACUUGCGUAUCAAACUGGGUUGAUCCCUUCUGCCGCUACGAACGCCAAACAGGAUAAUUACGAGUUACAUCUCAACGUCAAUCAGAACAAUUUCUCGUCAUCGCAACUUGGCAGAUCGCAAAAUCGAGGCUCCCCGGAAGGUGACCGUCUUCUUGCCGAUGCCUUCACUGGCUAUAGCCCAGCUAAUCUGAUCAAUCUGGAUCUCCGAGGUGUUGUUCGAAAUAACUUUGUGGCGCUGCGGAAAGAUAUCUACGAAAGACGAAAAAUAGCGCUUGACGACGAUAUGAAUCGUCGAGACUUGCUAGAUAACAUCAAGGAGGCCAUGGAAGAAAAACGCAGCGAGGUUGAAGCUUUGGAACAUAAACGUCGCGCAGCGGGAGGAAGAAUUCGAAAAGACAAAAGAAAUUACAACAACGCAGAAAUUGGCGUCGGACGCUCAGAUUGA